AUGGCAGAGAUUGUCCAUGAAGGUUUGCGAUUUCGCCCUGGGCAAAAGGCGCUGCAGAAAAGCGAGUCGCUGCUGGACUCGCUGGAGCCCACAGAGGCACCCUCUGAGGCAGAGCAGUCGGACCUCUCCGAGGAGCCGCACGAGCCAAGCUGGAAACCCAUCGAUUGCCAGGCCGCCAGCUGCGGCGACUUUGCUGGAGGGCCAGCCAGGCGCAUAUCUCUUAGCAACGCUGGAUGGCUGCCACGCUUUUGCGUGUGCCUGCCCGGCAUCAUGCUAUUUGGUGGCAUAGGUGUAAUUUGCAUUGCAGCUGCCUACAGCACUUCGGCCUUCUACGCCAUUGCUGCGCUACUGUCAAUUUUUACCAUGUCCUAUUCCACAGACCUUGCGGUCUCCUCGCUGAUCGGGGCCUGGCGAAUGCGCCGGACCUCAGCGACGGAUUGGGAUGCUGAACUUAGUGCGCUGCUAGAGAAGCAGCCAGAGCUGUCAGACGUCAUGCACAUAGUCAUCCUCCCAAACUACAAGGAGGAUGAGCAGAUGAUGCUGCGCACUCUGGAACAGAUCGCUGCUUCGACAAUGGCAAAGUCAAGAAUCAAGGUGGUUCUUGCAAUGGAAGCUCGCGAAGGUCUUGAUGGCAGCACGAAGGCGGAGCGUUUAGUAGAAAAGGCAAAGGACUGGUUUGCCGACAUCUUUUUCACUUCUCACCCGGCAGACCUGCCUGGCGACCUGGCGGGGAAGUCCUCAAACACCCAGUGGGCAUACAAGCAGAUGCUUGGUCGAUACUCCAAUGAUCUUAGCCGAAGGGACAGCUCACACGUGCUGCUCUCCGUGGGAGAUGCCGACACGCUGUGGCAUCCUCAGUACUUCAGUGCUUUGGCCUUCCAGGCGCUGACAACCCCAGCAGAGGAACGCGUUUGGUGCUUCUGGCAGUCUCCAAUGCUACUGUUUCGCAACUUGAUGACUGCUCCUGCAAUCACGCGUGUCUCAGGGUAUGCCACCUUGCUCUUUGAACUUGCCGGGCUCACGAACCAGACGCUCACUCCGGCUUUGUGCUUCUCCUCGUACUCCAUGACCCUGGCCCUGGCUCACCACCCUAUGGUGGCAGGCUGGGAUCCCGACGUCAUUGCAGAGGACCACCACAUGUUUUGCAAGUGCUUCUUCGCCUCGAUCCGGUGGUGGCAGAAGGUGUGCCCCGAGGGCAAGAAGGCCCCGCCCAGAGUUCAGGUGAAACCCAUCUACCUGGCGUCCACAGCCUUCUUGGUUGAGGAGGAUGGCUGGAUGGCCUCAGUGCGUGCGCGCUUCCAGCAGGCUACGCGGCACUGCCAGGGCGUCUCUGAGCUCAGCUACACAGUGCUGCAGUACAUCACGCUGAUCCAGGAGUUUGGCUUUCGUGCCCUACCCCUUUCCGUGCACACGGGCACAGCUAGCAUCAUCUUCAAGAUGGCCGCGGUGCACCAGAUCAAUCAGGUAGAAGCCUUUGCAGUGCUCCUGGCAGCGGUGCUGGCCGCACCUGGCUUGCUGUCGUGGUUUCUCGACGGUGGCCUUUGGAAUAUGCUAUCGAUUGCGUUGGCUGAGGGCCCGUUGAUGGCUGUGGAGCAGCAGAGCUUUGGGGGGCACGCGCGAUGGACAGUCUACUCCAUUUGCGGCCCCAUUUCGCCAGUGCUUUGCCUUAUGGUUUUUACCACCUUUCUGGUGCUUCGAGAUCUUCUUCAAGGCGAUCUUACAGCAAAGGCCGUCACGAAGGAGGACGUCCAAGGCUAUGUUGGUCAUCGUCUCAGCUGGUGGGGCUGGGCAAAGACCUACAGCCUUGUUGCGUUCGACUACUUUGGGUCCGGUCAGCUCACACUGUUUGCCUUUGGGCUGCUCCCUUCGAUGUGCGCCAGCUUCCGCCUUCUGCGGCAUGGCACCAGACUGGACUACAUCGUAGCCGCCAAGCCCAAGUGA